AUGUGCGUCCCCCUCUGGGAACAAGACCGCUGCGCGCACCACGACUGCGCCAACCCCAUCGGCGUGCCCCGCACGGUACGCCACCGGCGGUGCAAGGCCCUGCCCAGAGGCACCAAACCGGCAUACUGUCCGCACUUCAAUGCCGCCGGCGGGGAGUGCAUUCGCCUCUCGCCCGUGGGGUACUGCGGUACAGCAUGCGCGGCGGCGGACCUGAGGGAGUUGUUUGACUCGGCACGUGCGCUGCGCGAGGAGGCUGUGACGCUGCGGCGGAAGCAGCGCAAGCAGGCGAAGCGGGCCGAGAAGCUGGUUGAUAGGAGUGCGGUGCUGGAACGGGUGACGCGGAGGGUGCUGCGGAUGACGGAGGGGAGGGUGGGGGGUGGGGAUGAGGAUAGUGAGGGGAGUGGGGAUACGGAGGAGACGGGGGACGAUGCCGAUGAUGACGGGGAUGAUGGGGAGGGCGAUGAUGAGUUUGAGAGUAUGGAUUUGGACGAGGAGGGCGAUGUUGAAGCCUCUGCUAAGUCGGGGAGAGGCAGACGGGGUAGAACAUAG